GAUCUUGACCCAACAAACUACUUUCACUAAAUUGCUGGAGAAACUCAGCGGGUGCAUUGCCGAAUGUCAUGUAAUGUUUGGCAAUGUCUAAAUUUUAAAUGUCACUACUUAAUUUGCAAAUCCAUACACUGCCUUAUCCUUAUUCCUUCCAACCCUACAACGAUCUAAUUUUCUGUUUUCUGUUAAUGCUGCCUUCUUGUGCAGUUCUGGGUUUCUUCUCUUCACAUGUACCCAAGCUCCAAUUCUGAAAUUCCAUCAAUAAACCUUUACACUUUUUUACUGUUUCCUUUUCUAAGCAGCCUAUCAGAUGACCAGUCAAUCACCCACACAUUAGCAGGCAAAGCAGACCACUUCCAAAAGACGUGGUCUGCAUUUAUGGAACUAUUACAAGCAUAAGGUGCAAUAGUAAUUUAAAAUAUAAAUGGUACCAGGAUCUGGUAACGUGGGGUAAAAAAACAAAACACGACUUCUCAACAUGGCAACAUCAUCUAAUAAACAAAACCUUUUUCAGUACAAAGGUUGUAACUUCAUCAAGAACAUCCACCAACUAGAACACUUGGAAAAAGUUCAUCAGUUUGAAAUAAAGGAGACUGAUGUGAUUGCAGUCACAUAUCCGAAAUCAGGAACUAUAUGGAUGCAACAGAUUUUGAGUUUAAUUUAUUCCGAUGGGGACUUGUCUGGUGUACAAAGCAAACAAGCAAUAUACCGUAUUCCUUGGAUGGAGGUGCCAAUAAAUAACUUUCAGGAAUUGCCAUCGCCUCGUUUGUGUGUCACACAUUUACCCUACCGCUUAAUUCCAAAAGAUUUGAGGAAAGGAAAUGGAAAAGUUAUUUACUUGACUCGAAAUCCAAAGGAUAUUGCGGUUUCUUUAUAUCACUUUCAAAACUAUGUUACUUUUCUGGAAUCACCAUCAAAGUUUGAAGACUUUCUGGAGGAAUUCAUUGAUGGCGACGUAAUAUACAGCUCUUGGUUUGAUCAUAUUCGUGACUGGUAUAACCACAAGGAUGAAUUUGACUUCCUAUUUCUGUCCUAUGAAGAAACCAAGAAGGAUUUAAGAACCACAAUUACAAAAAUAUGUGACUUCCUUGGGAGAAAGUUGGGUGAAGAUAAGCUUGAUAUAGUGGUGGAGGAGAGUACCUUCAAAGCUAUGAGCAAUAAUCCAAUGGCGAAUUACAAAGAUUUGGAAAAUAAAAACCCAAAUGGGUCAUUUCUCCGAAAAGGAAUAAUUGGAGAUUGGAAAACUCAUUUCACUGUGGCUCAGUCGGAGAAGUUUGACAAAAUAUUCCAAGAAAAAAUGAAAGGAUUUCCUUUUAAGUUCACCUGGGACAGCAAAUAAUGAAACAGAUUAUCCACACAACAGAGACCUAAGUUACAGAAAUAAGUGGAAUGAUGUAUUACAAUACAGGCCGAUGUUGUGUGAAUGAGCAUAUGUUAGUUUAUAAACAAGUAAACAUGAUGUUACAACUUGACUUGUUACAUAGUGUGAGUAGAUGGGAAAGUGGGAUAACAUAGUACUAGUGUGUAUGGGUAAUCAUGAUCAGUGUGGAUUCAGAGCCAGCUUUCAUGCUAUAUCUUUCAAUCAAUAAUUUUUUUUUUAGUUGAGUUUAUUGUCACGUGUACCGAGGGACAGCGAAAAGCUUUUAUUGCAUGCUAUCCAAUCAGCAGAAAGACAAUACAUGAUUACGAUCGAGCCAUUUACAGUGUACACAUGAUAAGGGAAUAAUGUUUAGUGCAAUGUAAAGCCAGCAAAGUCCAAUCAGGGAUUGUCCAAGGAUCAUCAAAGAGGUGGAUAAUAGCUCAGCACUGCUCCCUGGUUGUGGUAGGAUGGUUCAGUUGCUGAUAACAGCUGGGAAGAAACUGUUCCUGAAUCUGGAGGUGUGCGUUCUGACACAAUGAUUUAGAGGAGAGCACCUAAUGAUAUAAAAGUUAUUAACAAAACAAGUAGAAAUUACCUGUGUUUAUUAAGUUAAUAUUCUCCAGAAUGCAUUGAUUGAAAAUGUGCUAGUAACAUUCAAUAUUAAACUUCAAAAGUGAGUAAGAUAAGCGGAGAUAAGUUUACAGGCAUGUAGUGAUAAAGAAUGGAAUGGGACUGAUUGGAUAGUGUCUUCAAAGGGCCAACAUCAGAACAAUGAGACGAAACGUAUGUAUUUUGAAUGUUGACUGUAAGAAUAUCUCUAACACAUAUUGUAUUCCUCAAUAUCUUCAAUAAACAUCAUGUAUCCUCUUCACAUUAUAUGAUUGGCAAAACUUUAUCUAGCCUGGUAUCAAUCAACCAUUAUAAUCACACUAAUUAUCAUGAAUAAAUAACUCAAAAAGGUUCUGAAAUGUUUCAGUAAUAUGUAAUUAUCACUUGGCAGGAACUUGAAAAAUCUAAAUGAAUUGAAAGAGCACCCACAAUUCCAACAGAUUUUUAAUUCAUUCUGACCUGUCGACUUCACAAAAUAUCAUUGUUACUUUCUUUGUCUAAUAAUUUUUGUCCAGGAAUGAGUAAUUUGUGCUUUCUUUGUCUUAGAUUGAAGACUGGAUCUUGUACGCAUUGACUGUCUGCAACCCACAUCCAAUAAUUCUUGUCUCACAAUCCCUAACAGGGAGGACACAACUGUAUUAUUGUGCCCACUUGUAAGAAGGACAGUUUAAGAACAAUAUUGUUCUCAGAGAAACGUCAGACAUUGGCUGUUAGUAAGGAAGUAAGGUGUAUACCGUAAAAGACCUGGCAAUUAUCAUUUCUAAUUAGAGAGGGGUCUAAUGGCAUUACCAUCAAUAUCAUGGUGAUGAUAUUUGACCAGAAGCUUAAAGGGCCUGUCCCACUUACGUGACCUUUACAGGCGACUGCCAGCAGCCGUCAUAGGUCGCCGAAAUUUUCAACAUGUUGAAAAUUCUGCGGUGACCAGAAAGACUCUACGACUCUUUGGUACCUCUCAAGACCAUAGGAGACCUCCCACGACCAUACAGGCGACUCCUGGCGAGAUGUCGCGGGUGACCUCUCAUGACCAUAGGAGAUCUCUCACGGACAUAUAGUCUGUAUGGUCGUGAGAGGUCUCCAAAGAAUCAAGCGUCUUUUUGGUCACCGCUGAAUUUUCAACUAUGACGGGUGCUGGCAGUCGCCUGUAAAGGUCGCGUAAGUGGAACAGGCCCUUAAGAGGAGCACUCACGUAAAUACUUGGUUACCCAAGCAAACUGAGUAACCUGUUUAAAAAAGGUCACCUCCUCACACCCCAGUUUUUCCACCAUCUACAAAGCCUGAGUUAUGUAAUACUCUCUAUUUGCUUGGAUGAAUACAACUCCGACAAAUUUCAAGGGGUUUAACACAAUUCAAGACAAAGUAAACAUAUAGUAAAAGGAACUGCAGAUGCUGGUUUAUAUCAAAGAUAGGCAAAAAAUGCUUGCGAGUAACCCAACGGAUCAGACAGGAUCACUGGAUUAAAUAGAUGAGUUACAUUUCGGGUCGGGUCUGAAGAAGGAUCUCGGCCCAAAACAUCACAUCCAUUUUCUCCGGAGAUGAAGCCUGACACGUUGAGUUACUCCAGCACUUUGUGUCUGUCCAGGACAAACCAUCCUGUUUAAUUGGCAUCCCAUCCAAAACCUUGAACCUAUAAUUUUUUCCUGCAAUGGGUACGAUUUAUGAAAUAUGCUGCAGUUAAUCACAACCCAUCAGCUCUGUGAGAGUAUCUUUACGGGAAGGAUCGCUGUGGGCAAGGCAUUGCUCACAGCUAUCUUCCCAACAACAUACAUGGAAGGGCAAUAUGUUUUUGUAUAUCUGUAAAACAGUGUAAUUGAAAGUUGAUCUUUGUUUUUGGGAAACCAUUGAUUCCUGUUAUGGCAAUGCAUCUGCAGCAUA